AUGGCCUAUCAGGGAGGCUACGGCGGAGAUGGAGGCCAGCGACCGUAUGCUGGUCCGGCAGCGCGCCGUCCUGCCCCCCCGGGAGGGUAUCACGAAGCCCACCCCCAGCACCAAGUUGGCGGUCGACAACCCGUGAACGAUUUUCAAAAUGGACAAGCUUACGACGGCCAGAGAGGAGGAUACAGAGACGAGGGAGCUCAUCAAUAUCAGGACAGUUAUGCGCCUGGCCCGGGAAGGGGGCGCCCAAUGCCUCCGUACGCCAGGGAAGGCGGUCCUAUACCUCGUCCUGGGACUGCUGACGGCGUCCGCGGAGGUCCUCAUCCUCGUGGUAGAGGCAUGGGACGGGGGCCUAGCCGUGGAAUGCCGCCACGAGGUGGCCCUCCUGGAUGGCGACCUGGCCAGUAUCCUCCAGGAGAUUACAGUGAUGCCGGGUAUGGCAGCUACGACCAGGAACAUCAGCUGACUGACCAAAUGUCAGCCAUGGACUUGAAUCGGCAACGGUCUAGAGCCGAUGGAAGAUCAAGCCAUGAAACAGCACCAAGUCAAGACCAAGGCUAUGGGGGUCCGCAACAAGGCCUGCUUGCGGGACAGAUUGGUGGUAAUUUCGGCCGUUACGAUGAUGCAUACAGUGGUGCGCUUCAGCGACCUCCAGAAAACGAAUUUGGCCCUCCAACCAGGAGCAUGACAAUGCCUGUCCGCGAUUUCGAUUCUUCACAAAACAUGCUCGCGCCGCGUCGAGUAGGCACAGUGCCUCUCAAUGGACACGCUGCAGCAGCAGCCAUGCCGCCGAGACCUGCAACAGCUGGCGGCCAUCGCCCUCCUCCACAAAGGAUAUACCCGGCAGAUCUACACACCUCGGCUCCAGACCCCUAUGCUGGCGGUGCAUACGGCAAUGGCCGAGGGGGUUACGGCAGCGUUACAGCGUCACCCGGACAGGCUCCUCUCACAGAUCCAUCACCGACAGUCAACGAUGUGUACGAUGCGUAUUAUGACGGUCACCAGGCCGGCGGUCACGAUACUGGGAAUCAGUACGGAGCUCAGCCCGCCAGGCCUGGUUACCCGAAUUUUGAAUCUGCGCCUGCCGACCAAGGCCGUGGGUCCUUCGACCAGUCAACGCAUCCCGCACUGGAGCAGACGCAGCCUGGUGCUCAUGGGAUGCCGAGACUGCAUCAUGCACAAUCCGAGGCGAAUUUCCACGAACCGCAAGCUGCGGUCUUCGAGAUGGCCGGCGAUAUCCCCUCUGUGCCUCCUAUGCCACAGGUGAAGCCUUACCGGCCGGAAUUCGGCCAAGGGUACAGUGCACCACCCGCUGGUCACGAUCAGCUGCCGCCGCGAGGUCCCAGUGCGCCUCCGGGUCCCAUUCAAGAUGCGAGGGCUGGGGGUAUCGCUGCGGGAGCUGCCAUUCACGGCACGACGUCGUCGAGCCACGCGAACGCCGACACACUUCCUUCACAUCCUACGCCCGUCCGUCCAGGGCUAAUGGCUAACUCCAUGGUCAAUAUGAACAACCGGCCCCCUCCUGUCCGAAACUACGGGCAGCAGCAGCAGCAGCAACAGCAGCCACCGCCGCAACAGUACAAUCAAUACCAACCACCUCAGCAACAGCAACAACAGUCUGCGUAUGGAGGUGGGGGAUAUUCCGCUCCUCUAGAAACAGGGCCAUUCGAGGAGCCAGUAACACCGCACGAACUCGAACGUCUGCGUAUGGUUAUCAAAGUGAACGCAAACGACCAGGAAUCAGCUCUGCGUUUAGCAAAGCGACUGAUCCAAGCUGCUGAUAUCCUGGCACCCAAGCUGCCCGACCCUAAACAGCGAAUGAAAGCCCGUGAACGAUACCUCAUGGACUCGCACAAGGUUCUCAAAAAGCUCUCCAACGCACAAAACUCGGAGGCCAUGUUCGUUUUGGCCGAUAGCCUCGGCAAGGGUCUGUUUGGCAAUGAGCCGGAUAACAAGGAGGCCUUUACUCUUUAUCAGUCGGCGGCCAAAGUAGGGCACGCUGCUGCUGCGUACCGAACCGCAGUGUGUUGCGAGAUAGGACAUGAAGACGGCGGUGGCACGCGCAAAGAUCCCCUGAAGGCGAUGCAGUGGUACAAGCGCGCAGCCACAUUGGGCGACCCCCCAGCCAUGUACAAGGUAGGCAUGAUUCUCCUCAAGGGACUGUUGGGUCAGCCUAGGAAUCCGCGUGAGGCGGUGGGAUGGCUGAAGCGUGCCGCGGAGAGGGCGGAUGCAGAGAAUCCGCACGCUCUGCACGAGCUGGGACUGCUCUACGAGUCGGCACAGCCCAAUGACGCCAUUGUCCGAGACGAAGGCUACGCUCUGGACUUGUUCAAGCAGGCUGCAGAUUUAGGCUACAAGUUCUCACAGUAUCGACUUGGCUGUGCUUUCGAGCAUGGAGCACUCGGCUGCCCCAUCGAUUCGCGGCAGUCUAUCUAUUGGUACUCGCAGGCAGCUCAGCAGGAAGAACACCAGUCAGAGCUGGCGCUUAGUGGGUGGUACCUGACGGGAAGCCCGGGAGUUCUGAACCAAAGCGACACAGAGGCGUAUCUCUGGGCGAGAAAAGCGGCGGUGGCCGGUCUGGCGAAGGCCGAAUACGCGAUGGGAUAUUUCACCGAGGUCGGCAUAGGCGUCCCUGCCAACAUGGAAGAUGCAAAACGAUGGUAUUGGAGAGCGGCUGCCCAAGACUUCCCCAAAGCAAGAGAUCGUCUGGAAGACCUCAAGCGUGUAGGCAAGGGCGCACCUUUUAAACCUCGAGAACGACUUUCACGCAGCAGGAUUGAGAAGGAACGACAAGAUGGGGAAUGUACGGUCAUGUGA